CACCUCAACCCCCCGGCCAACCAACCUACCUGCAAAUAAUCAUUCAGCUUCAAAUUUCCCGGAUUUUCACAGACGACGGAGUUUCUGUCAUCGGCCAAGCUUCUGGGUUUUUCCUCUCCGUUUUUGUGAACAGGAACAGUGUGAAAUGAUGAAGCUGCAAUCAUAUGCUGGACUCAGUUUGUUGGCUACUUUGGCAGUCAUUUAUCAUGCCUUUAAUAGCAGGGGCCAGUUUUACCCUUCAAUGGUUUACCUGUCGACUUCAAAGAUCAGUUUGGUGCUUCUUUUGAACAUGGGUCUGGUUGUUAUGUGUAUCUUGUGGCAAUUGACCAAGAAAAUCUUUCUUGGCUCACUCCGAGAAGCAGAAGUUGAAAGGCUGAAUGAGCAGUCGUGGCGGGAAGUCAUGGAAAUACUGUUUACAAUUACUAUUUUCAGAGAAGAUUUUUCUACUACAUUUCUAGCUAUGGUUACAGCUUUACUUCUGAUUAAGGCUUUGCAUUGGUUGGCCCAAAAGAGAGUUGAAUACAUAGAAACAACUCCAUCUGUUCCGAUGCUAUCUCAUAUCCGCAUUGUAUCUUUCAUGGGAUUCCUCCUCCUUAUUGACAGUGUCUUUCUGUAUAAUUCAAUCAAGUAUUUGGUAGAAACCAGAAAGGCUUCUGUUUCUCUAUUCUUUCUAUUCGAAUACAUGAUACUCGCAACGACAACUGUAUCAACCUUCCUGAAGUAUAUAUUCUAUGUCAGUGACAUGCUUAUGGAAGGCCAAUGGGAAAAGAAGGCUGUCUACACAUUUUACUUGGAGCUUGUCCGAGAUUUGAUCCACUUGACUCUGUGCAUGUGUUUCUUCCUUGUCAUUUUUGUGAACUAUGGUGUGCCUCUUCACUUGAUUCGGGAGCUGUAUGAGACAUUCCGAAACUUUAAAAUCCGUGUAGCUGAUUACAUACGUUACCGUAACAUCACUUCAAAUAUGAAUGACCGUUUCCCGGAUGCAACUCCUGAAGAGCUCAAUGCAAGUGAUGCAACCUGCAUUAUAUGUCGUGAGGAGAUGACUGUGGCCAAGAAACUUAGUUGUGGGCAUCUUUUCCAUGUGCACUGCCUUAGGUCAUGGUUAGAAAGACAAAAUACAUGCCCCACAUGCAGAGCACUUGUUAUAUCACCUGAGAAUGGGAUAUCUACUACUGCAUCAAGAACUCAUGGUCAACAGCAAGGAACUGGAACAACUGGUAUGUCUUCUCAAGGAUCUACUGUUGAUGGUGCGGGAAAUAAUAAUGUUAGUCAGCAUCAGGCCAGACUGCAAGCUGCUGCUUCUGCUGCCUCACUAUAUGAGAAGUCUUUUGUUUAUCCUUCUCCUAAUGCUUUGAUGUGGUCACCUGGAUAUAACUCGCUUCCUAAAACAUUUGGACAUCCUGCCAGCACUUCAAUGGCAAACACCGGUGGUGGAGCUGCAAGUGGACUGUCCCAACAGUAUGAGUUUGCAAAUGUGACCUUUGCUCAGUUGCCACAGUGUGCUCCACUUCCUUCACAGUUCCCGUGCCUUAAUGGGCAAUUCGAUCCAGAAAGUGCAUCGGACUCUCAACUGGGCCUACAAACGAAAUUAAUUAAGAACCAGAUUGAGUUCCUGCAAAACCAGUACCAGCUUUUACAGACACAGAAUGGUGAGAAAACGAUGGAUCUAGGAUCAUCUGAUAUCAAGGGAAAGUCAGUAUCAUCACCAUCUUCAUCUGUUAUGGACUCCCCUGAGAUUUAGAAGCUCGGAGCUAUAGACAAAUGACCUCUGCAGAUGUAGAUAAUACCCCACAAGGAGCAUAAGCGCCAUGGAGAUAGACACAGGACGGACCUCAAGUCUUGCAAUUUGCACUCGUUCAAUCUCCCCCUAUUCAUCGGCAGCAUUGUCUAUCCGGUACUUACAUCCGAUUGCUUCUCAAGAAAAUACUCCUCCGUAAGACUGGAACAUCCUAAAUUAACCGAGUGAUAAUAGAGUGGGCAACCCACAAAUUCAGGCUGUACUUUCACAUCAUGAUCCGAGUUCAAUACAUGGAGAAAUGCUACACUAUACCGAUACGAGUUUUACUAUAUUUUCACCUUUUGUUUCCCCCCCUUAAUUGGAUAUAUUCAGUCAGUAGUCUGUACUUGUACAAAUCACAGUAGUGUUUGAAUUCUAUGUGGUGAAUGAAAGAGCUUUGCUGCUUCUUUGUACU